CAGCUCCACAACGCAUCAUCAUCCACGCAACCUAUUCAUACCUCUGCCUUUUUCUCAUCUCCGAUUCCUGAAUCUCCCAACAGGUGGCGCUAAGCCGGCCCGUACUGGAAUCCUUCAUCACAAAGAACAGUGCUGGCACGCGGUGCCGACAUCGAACCCUGAACCCGAUACGCCGGCCACAGGCCUCUUAUUGUGUAGCCGUCGCACACCGCAUUCCGUCCCCAACAUGGGGUUCAAUCUCUUCCACAUCCUCGGCGAUGUCUCGCAUACCUCAUCCAAGCUCAUAUUGAUAUGGGCCAUACACGCGAACAGCAGUGCAGAGGGCGUGUCCCUCAUCACCCAAGUGCUCUACGCACUCGUAUUUAGUACGCGAUACCUCGAUAUAUUCACCUCCUCGGCUACAAAGGACGUAUGGCACACAUGGAACUUCUCCCUCAAGAUCUUCUACACGCUAUCUUCUUUAUACAUCAUCUUUCUUAUGACAAGUGUAUAUGCGCGCACAAGAGAGCGGGAAAAGGCGUGGAAGUUUGGCAUGUACUGUCUGCUUGGAAGCAUCAUCAUCACCCCUCUUUGGUAUCUCAUCUUCAAGAAGACCCUUAUUGGUCAUAGCAGCUUCCUCAAAUUUCUCUGGGUCUUCUCGGAAAUCCUCGAAUCCGUCUGCAUCAUCCCCCAACUCCUCCUCUUGCGCCAAACUACCGUCCCAACCGUCAUCGAUUCAUACUACCUUGUCGCACUAGGCACGUACCGCUUUCUCUAUGUGCUCAACUGGAUUGUACGCGGCGCCAACGAGAACCACUACCGCGACCCUACAUCAUGGGUUUGGGGCUCUAUUCAAACCGCCCUGAUGAUUGACUUCGCUUGGGUGUACUACACACGUCAGCGCGUAAAGCUCCGACACGGCGGAGUGGUGGAUUCAGAGGAUCUGGGUCGGGGAUGGCUUGUUGGGCGCUUUGUCGGCAGAAAAAGCAUGGACUUUGACUACGACGAAGAAACUGGAGGCCAGCGAAAUGACUCGACACAGCCGCAUAACAAGUGGGGACGGCGAGGCAUCUCCGUGUCCGCUGACGAGGGCGUAGAGGGCGCGCCAAAGAGAAGGAGCCCGGAGAGGGGAAGCGCGGACCCGGAGACCCAGCCGUUGGCAGACCCUGCAGCAUUCGAUGAUGAGAGUGACGAGGAUGCCCCUGUCGCGCCUGUGGCUGGUGCUUCGGUGGCUGAGCAGAGCGGGGUGAGAAGAGACGAAUGGGACGAUGAUGUGGACGAUGAUGCGACGGAGCACGACGCAUCUUCCAAGAUGAUCAAGUAAGCAACUCGAGUUGGAUUUUUUUAGAGAUAUGUGAUGUAGAUAGUAGGAGAAUGUUCGUUUCUCUCUUGGAUAUAUCUAUUCUUUGUACAUUAUCCCCGUCCAAUUUGGAAAUGCUGAGAUGUACUCUUUCUCUCUGCUUUUACAUCUUCAAGGUUUCACCAAGGUAUACAUUUCAGGUAAAAGACAAAUUG